CAUCCGGUUACUUGUUGUUUUUAAAGGCUUUCGGGUGAAAACAGCCCAGUCCCCGAUCCUCCGCCCUGCUCCGGAUGCUGCUGCUGGUUUGUAGCGACUCCACAUCUGAUCACCACUCAUCCUUUUGUUUCCGUGAACUUGCAGGUGAUCAGAAACUUCUGACAGUGAUUAGAUCACUUUGUACUUUUGCUGCGGUUCGGUAAAUUAGAGACGUUAGUCUCGCUUCUGACACAUUCAGCACGUUCACAUUUAUGUAACAUUUUGCACGUUGAUGCAAUAUUUAACUUCAGUUUAGUUUCUGCAGACAGCGCCAUGUCCACGCUGGCGUGAGAGGAAUUUGCGUGCACAUUUCCCUCUAAAACCCAUUUGCACUGGUCAGUCAGGUAAAGUGACCUUUACAUUAACUGUCACUUGCAUUUAAAUUAGCACUACUGGGUUCAGUGCCUCUCAUUAAAGCUGCAGCAACGAGGAAAUGAUUUACCUGAUUGUGAUGCAUGGAGAAAAGUCAAUAUAUUUGAAUAAAUAAGCCCAUAAGCUAUGGUUUUAUAUGUAGUUUUUAAUACCACGGUAAAAAACCACUAUUAUUAAACAUUUAAAUAAACUUCUGAAUAAGAUGCAAAAUUAAUGAAUAACUUUAAUCUUUUAUGUAUAGAGGUUCAACAGUAAAUGAACCACAAGCCACAUUUAACUCUGAAUAAUAACAUCUUAAAAGCAAUCUAAAUGUAAAAAAGGGUCAGUUUAAUGAUUCUAUGUUCUAAACAAAAAUAACUCGCAUGCCACUGUAAACAGGAAGUAGCCUACUAAAACCUAAAUCAGGCUGAAGAUCGUCUAUCUGACAUGUCAGAUUCCCUUUGAUGGUAAGACUAUGUGGGUCUGUUUAACCACUGAUCAUUCAUCAAUGUGCUGGAAAACUCCAGACAGGAAUAUGGAUCAAUGAUCAACAAACAGAGUUUCACAAUCUUACCAUUAAAGGGUCUCAGAGAUGUUAUAUAAGGGCUCUUCACCCUUGUUUUAUUUUGGCAGUUUGCUUCCAUUAUAAUUCUAAGUUAGUUAAAAAAAAAGGUUUAAAAGGCUACAAUUAUAUUUAGCUUUCAUUAUUUGGAUUUACCUUUACAUAGAUCUGAUUAUAAAUGUCCAUCUUUAAUAAUGUGAUUUAGAUGUAGGUUGAAACCUUUACACAUAAUAUUAUUUUCUAAACAAACAUGUCUAAAAACAGACUUUUCAAAGGGGUUAGCUUUUUUUUGUUAGAUGCUAAAUGUAGCCAAUUAAAUGCAAAGUUUUGCAAAAUGUAGCUAUGGAUUUGUCAUUAUAUAACUUUAUGAUUGGCACCUCAUAGAUGAGCUGAGAUUUUGUCCAAGUUAUCCCUUUCUAAAACAGAUCAGUGGUCAUGGUUACUUUGUGGACCACAAACCCUUUCUGUAAUAUAAAAAGCACGAAAAUAAGUAUUUCAUGAAGACUGAAGAAAGAAUCUAGAUUAAAAACAUUUCAAACCAUUUUUUUAAAUGAACAAGCACCACUAAGUUGACGUAGGUGGAUGCAAAUCAGCCAAAAGGCAUUACAAACCAAUAGUUAAAAAAGUUAAAAUAUGUUGCAUUGUAACAAGAUCACAACAGUACAAUUUAAACCAUCAGCUAAACAAAACUAACUGGUACAGACCUGCUCACAUGUCCAGUAGAAUGAGCACAAAGAAUAAAAAUCAUCAACAUCACCCAGAAAAACCACAAACGGCUGCAAGAUUAUUAGGAAAAUAUGAAAACAAGCUUAGAUGGUGUUGGUGUUAUUUCUGCUAGACACAGAUCACGUGCAAAGACAAAGAAAAACAGCCUUGAGAAAAAAAAUAAAACAUCGACUGGGUCUUAGGUUGAAGGGAUGGGGUAUAUUUACAUUUCUGUGCCAGUGAACCUACAUAAUUUAUUCCCAAACACUCCUGACACGGGAUGCUUCUUUGUUCCCACAAUUCCCAACAGGCAGACUUAACACUGGUAUGGUUUUGUUUAAGAUUUCCUUGUUGCAUCUCCAAACUGACCCAGAUAAAACUGCAGUUCAUCCCAGCUGUUUAAAGAUGCUGCAGAACCUCACAGCUUGUUUCAUUAAAGAUAAAUUUAGGUCACUCCUUCAAUCAGCACAAAUCUCGCUCAGUAUUCCUGCCCUCGGUGCCGGAUUCCAUCUUUGCAGGCCUAGUUGUGUACUCUCUGUGGAGCUGAAACUCAUGCAUAAUUAAAGCCGGUGUUCCGACUAUCCGUGCUCCCUGUCGAAAUGUGCUACUUUGGGGGAAAUGCACAUGCACAGGCCAAUUAUUGCGUCACAGGCUGUUUACAAGUUCAGACGCUCUACCUGUGGAAGUUUACUUUUAAUCUCGUCACUUAUCUAGUUACUUUCAACUCGUCGAAGGUCACAAGUUCAUUCCUUGGUCGUCUGAGACAUUUUGUAGAAAUCAUUGACCCCAGCACCCUGUUUGUUUCACAGGAAAAACUGCAGGAAUGCAUCAAACUUCUUGAUGACUACAAACACGGCACCCUUCCACCCGGAACAACUGAUCAGCAAUUAUGGGAAGCUCAGAAGAUCAAACAGGCCAUCAUUCACCCCGACACAGGAGAGAAGAUCUUCAUGCCAUUUCGAAUGUCAGGUUAUGUACCAUUUGGAACCCCGAUUGUCAUUGGUCUUCUUCUCCCUAAUCAGACUGUGAUGUCCACCAUUAUAUGGCAGUGGUUGAACCAGAGUCAUAAUGCCUGUGUGAACUAUGCCAACCGUAAUGCUACCAAGCCUACACCAGCAUCCAAGUUUCUUCAGGGUUAUGCUGGAGCAGUGACAAGUGCUGUUUCUAUAGCAGUGGGUCUGAAUGUUCUGAUUCAGAAGGCCAACAAGCUGAGUCCUGCCACCAGAAUGAUCAUUCAGAGAUUUGUUCCCUUCCCAGCUGUAGCAAGUGCUAACAUCUGUAACGUGGGUCUAAUGAGACACAGUGAGCUGUCUGAAGGGAUUGAUGUCCUGGACAACAACAGCAAUGUGGUGGGAUCCUCCAAAAUAGCUGCAAGACACGCAAUAAUGGAGACAGCCUUGACACGGGUGGUCCUUCCAAUGCCCAUCUUUGUCCUGCCUCCCAUCAUCAUGUCUUACCUGGAAAGACUGCGAUUCCUGCAGAGGAACCGUCGGUUGUUGCUGCCCAUCCACAGCGUUGUUUGCCUGAUUACGUUCGGCCUCUCCCUGCCUGUGGCCAUCAGCCUGUUUCCUCAGAUGUCUCAGAUUGAGGUGUCUUGCCUUGAGCCGGAGAUCGCCAUGGCAACGGAUUGCAAAGUGGUAACCUACAACAAGGGUUUAUGAUGGAUGGCAUGAUGUGGGAGAAGGCUGCGUUGUGAAUAACUGUAAUUGAGAACAUAUUGCAGGGUUCAGGAAUGGCCAAUGUCAUUAUUUACUGUUGGGUUCCUGUGCACUUACAGAACAUCACAAAUCUGGGUUAUUCCGCUCCCAGGAGGGCAGCUUUUAUCAAACUGUUGUUUUUGUUGGAGCUGGAAGAGGCCAGAGGAUUUUUUGUCACACAAACUGUUUAUAGAUGAGCAUUUUCUUACUGUAGAGUUCUUUUUAGAGUUAAUAUAUUUUAUGGUAAAUACAAAAUGUGUUUCCUCACACUUACAAUGUUAAGAAGCAGCUUAUGAAGUUUGACUUUUUCUAAAGAAAAAACAAAAUUCAUAAAUGUUUUUUUCCUACUGGAAAGUUUUUUUCUGUGGUGAAAAAUGUUUCAGCUUUGGACCUACAACUAAAGUUGCAAAAAGUUAUGAGCCUGAAACGUUCUGGUUAAAGAUUAGAAUCAUUACCAGUGAACCGUUUUACAGAAGAAAAAGCUGAAAACUCAUGUUACCUCUUAAAUCUAUCUAUGGGUUUAUCCUUUUUGCAACAGUUAAAGCUAAAUAGCUCUGUAGAUUUUUUUCUCCUUUCCUCAAAGUUCAUUCUCUUGUUAUUUUUAUCACUUCAUAUGCUACCAUCUUAAAUGAUUUAUUCUAGAAAAAAGUGAUCAGGAAAACUAUGAAAAAGCAGAAUUUAUAGGGAAAGAAAUUCAAUAUCUCAUGUCAAUAAUUUUUUUAAGUUAAUUUAGCAGUUUUGUAUAAACCAGCCUACACUUUUAUCAUAUCAGCUUUGGAGCAAUGAUAUAAACAGUGUUGUGAUUAUGUCUAUUUUUGGUCUCUGAGCUCUGAAAACAAACGAUCUGAUUCUUAAGCUACUAAAUUCCAGGUGUGGUCCCAGGUAGUCGUCAUCCCACGUGUUCUGGUUUGGUUCCUCGCAGCUCAUUGGUGUGAGCCACGAGUUAGACAUAAGAAGAAGUAGCAUGAAAGUUGCUGAAUGUCAAGGAGCUGCAGAAAUCAACUGAUAAUUUAUAUUUAUAUGCAACCCUUUAGCUGCUUUAUUGCAAUUAGCUUUUCCUUCCAUCAGGAAACUUGUCAUAAGGAACACAUUCAAAAGAUUGUGGGUUGUUUUCCAUCUUAUGUGCCAUAUUCAGAGAAAAUGUAUAUAGAAAAUAAUGUGUUAUAGAUUUAUUCUAUGGUAAAUAUAGAAACCAUACAUGCUCACUGGACAGAGGCGGCAAAAAAAGAGAAAUCUUACAAAGUAAAAAAUGAAAAGAGCAUAGGUAAAGCUCUUUUACUCUACAUACACCUAACAUGCGGCUGCUAUACUGCACAUUAAAUCAUUUAACUUGUAUUUUUCCAUGCAGCCAGAUAAUCUGAGAUAACAUUACUGAUUUAACUUUAAUGAUGUUUUCCUGGCGUCACUGUUCUUAAAGCACAGCUGGAUUUGUUCUUAACAAGUUAUGCAAAAAUGUAAACAUAACAUUUAAAAAUUAUUAUGAUGAUUAUGUGUAAAAACAUUUGUAUAACAAAGUUUAUUAAAUGUUUGUUAGACAAACCUUUGUAUGUUAUUUUCCAAUAUUCAAUAAAUGCUGUUUUGCUGUGAA